GAUGUACAAUCUCUUGCUAUAGAUGCUACGACUAUAAGCAUAAUACAUAUAAAUGAAUAUUAUUCAUUACGCUGUUAAUCACAGGAAGUGAAAUUGUAAUUUCUUCAAGGUCACACGCUAUGGCUGCCAAAAAACUCAUUUACCCUGCAGCGGACCGUAAUAAGGAUCCAAUAUUAUCGGUUUUAAAACGGUAUAUCCAACCUGGCAGAAAUCAGACUCUCCUGGAGAUAUCAUCCGGUACGGGACAACACGUGGCACAUUUCGCACCGCAUUUUCCACAAGUUACGUUUUACCCCUCGGAAUACGACCCAAAACUUCUGGAUAGCAUCGCUGCGUACGCGAAUGGAUAUUCUAAUAUAAAAAGCCCCAUUAGAAUUGACAUCACCACUGACUACCGGUUAUGGGGUAACGGUAUCUUCAAAUCGAACAGUUUAGAAUAUAUAUAUAAUGCGAACAUGAUACAUAUUUCGCCGUACCAGUGUACUAUUGGUUUAUUUAACAAUGCGAAUCAGUUGCUGAAACCAAAUGGAUUACUAAUAACCUAUGGACCAUAUGCUUUUGAUGGUCAAAUCACUCCGCAGAGUAAUGUAGAUUUCAACGAGUCUUUGAAAUUGCAGGAUCCAAAUUGGGGUUUGCGGGAUGUAACAGUUUUGAAAAAAUUAGCUGAAGAGAAUAAUAUUACAUUAAUAGAAAUCGUAGAUAUGCCCGCUAAUAAUAAAACGAUAAUUUGGAAAAAAUGUGCUCAUUUAUAAAUAAUCGAAACUC